AUGACAGCGUCGUUUUCUUUCUUGGGGCUGAUCACACUGAGCCUUGUCACUUUGAUGGUUGAGAGCUCUUUGGUGAAUGCCAAGGAAACCCCAACAACAGAGAACAGCAACAACAAUCGUAAAUUGGUCCGCUUUCCCUUGUUGCCAGGCGACUCUGCCGAAGCCAAACGGCGGCGGCGAACACGACGCACCCAACGGCAAUUGCGACACCACAAUCUACGAAGAGUCGAAGAAGAGGCCUCUUCGAAAGAAGAAGAGCCCGAAGAGAAUCCUCUGGAACUCAAUAUCGACGCGCUCUAUGAAGGCUACGGCGUCCACUAUGUCGAUUUGUGGGUGGGACAACCCACGCCCCAACGUGUCACUACGAUUGUCGACACGGGCAGUUCUGUCACGGGCUUUCCCUGUACCGGUUGCCAACAUUGUGGAGGAAGAAGUUCCUGGGAUGCCUACGAAGCUAUCGAUCAAGUCUACACGGGAGGGAAUCAUGCCCUUGCCGACGAAAUAAGAGUCAAGGAAGUGUCGUUUCCACUUCAUUUUGGAUGUCAAGACAGUGUCACGGGGCUUUUUGAAACACAGUUGGCAGACGGUAUCAUGGGUCUGUACAAUAGCAAACCCUCCUUUUGGUAUCAAAUGUACCAAGAAAAGAAAAUUGAAAACAAGGCAUUCAGUCUCUGCUUUUCCGAUCCGGGACAUGUCGAUCGACAAGGAACACCGGCGGGGGCCAUGGUAUUGGGAGGAUCCGAUACCCGAUUACACCAAACACCCAUGGUCUAUGCGCAACAAUUAGCCAAAGAGGGAAAAUUCACCUUGCACUUGGAAAAGGUAUUUCUACUAGCGCCUGGAACUGGGGAAUCCACCGAAAUUCAAUCGGAUCAAUGGAACAAGGUACAAAUUUUUGAAGAAGAUCUCAACAAUGGAGGAAACAUCAUUUUGGAUAGUGGAACCACAGCAACCUACUUGACCAAACAAUUGCUACGUCACUUUGUAGAAGUCUUCAACUCCAUCGUGCCGGAAUCUGUCAUGGUCUUUGAUCCCGAUCAACAUCGCUACGAAUUGACGCAAAAUCAAAUCGACCAGUUUUUGCCGACUAUUGUGCUGCAAAUCAAAGGGUGGAGGCCGCAGCAAGGCGACAACGACAACCAACAGCAAGCGGACAUUAUUCCCGGUACGAGCACCCAACUUCCCGGCACGGUCGGAACCGAUUUGGACCCCAAGCGUGCAGGAAAAAGCAUCCUGGUGCCCAUGCCACCAUCGAGUUAUCUGUCGCGGAGAGAUGAUGAUAUUGACCCUCAAAAAGAACCCGAGGAAGUUUGCCAGUAUAAAUUCUCCUUCUUUUUCAACAAAAGGAGGGGCAAAGGUGGUGUCCUGGGUGCCAACUUUAUGAGAGGUCUCGACGUGCUCUUUGACAUUGAUAAUUCGAGAAUAGGGUUUGCGGCCAGUGAUUGCGAGUUCUCCACGUUAGCGAGUGAUGAAGAAUCGGGUUAA